UGUACCUACUUCUUCAUGAGUUUCUAUUUGUCUGCACUUUUCACUUCCCUUUCUUCUUAGCUUAACUCCACUUUUCAUCUUUGUUCAGUCAAUCCCACAUUUCAAUUCAUUACUUAGUAGUCAUUACAGAAAUUGACCUCUCUAUAAAUCUCGAGCACAAACUUACAAGGAAAAAUAUUCUCAACUUUAAGCAAUGGAUGAUUGCAUCUACAAGAACCCAUCUACUCCAAUCGAGGCAAGAGUCAAAGAUUUGCUCUCUCGGAUGACACUUGAAGAAAAAAUCGGUCAAAUGACCCAAAUCGAACGCACUGUCGCCACUCCUUCUGUUAUCAGAGACCUCUCAAUAGGGAGUAUACUCAGCGUUGGUGGCAGUGGGCCAUUUGAGGAUGCCCCAUCAGAAGCUUGGGCGGAUAUGGUUGACGGAUACCAAAAGGCUGCAUUGGGAUCGCGGCUCGGGAUUCCGCUUCUUUAUGGAGUUGAUGCUAUUCAUGGAAAUAACAAUGUUUAUGGUGCAACUAUUUUCCCGCAAAAUGUGGGCCUCGGGGCAACCAGAGAUGCAGACUUGGCUCAAAAGAUUGGGGUAGUAACUGCUCUUGAAGUCAGGGCAUGUGGCAUUAAUUACACUUUUGCUCCAUGUGUUGCUGUAUGUAGAGAUCCCAGAUGGGGAAGAUGUUAUGAGAGUUAUGGUGAAGACACUGAACUUGUUAAGAAUAUGUCCUCAAUUAUCACAGGAUUGCAAGGGAAACCACCCCCUGAUUACCCCAAAAACUAUCCCUUUUUAGCGGGAAGAGACAAGAUUGUUGCAUGUGCGAAGCACUUUGUCGGAGAUGGGGGUACUGACCAAGGUGUAAAUGAGGGAAAUACCAUAUCAUCAUUUGAUGAUCUAGAGAGAAUACAUAUCACCCCUUAUAUUGACUGUAUUUCUCAGGGAGUUUGCACAGUCAUGGCGUCCUACUCUAGAUGGAAUGGGACCCACCUGCAUGCUAACCACUUUCUUCUUACCGAAGUGUUGAAAGGAAAGCUCGGAUUUAAGGGCAUUGUUAUUACUGAUUCCGAAGCACUUGACAGGCUUUCCCAUCCUCAUGGAUCUAACUACGAUCAAUGUAUUUUGGCAGCCAUCAAUGCAGGGAUUGAUAUGGUGAUGGUUCCUUUUCGGUAUCAAUUGUUUCUCGAUCAUUUGAGAUGCCUUGUGGAAUCUGGGAAGAUUCCAAUGACCAGAAUUGAUGACGCUGUUGAAAGGAUCCUGAGAGUUAAGUUUGUUGCUGGAGCCUUUGAGUAUCCUUUGAGUGAUCGGUCAUUGUUGGACACUGUUGGUUGUAAUCAACAUCGGGAACUAGCACGUGAGGCUGUUCGGAAGUCGUUAGUUCUCCUAAAGAAUGGAAAGGAUGUAACAAAACCAUUUCUUCCACUAGAGAGGAAUGCAAAGAAAAUUCUUGUAGCAGGAAAACAUGCUGAUGACCUUGGAUUCCAAUGCGGAGGGUGGACUAAAACUUGGGAUGGAAUGAGUGGCAGAAUCACAAUUGGUACAACAAUUCUGGAAGCUAUUAAAGAUGCUGUUGGAGGGGAAACAGAAGUGGUAUAUGAGGAAAAUCCAUCACCUGAAACUUUUGCGAGUCAAGACUUCUCUUAUUCCAUCGUAGUUGUUGGUGAACCUCCUUAUUGCGAGAGCGGUGGAGAUAGCCAAGACCUCAAAAUUCCUCUUGGUGGAGAAGAACUAAUAAGUUUGGUUGCAGACAGAGUUCCUACAUUGGUGAUAUUGAUCUCCGGAAGGCCUUUGUAUAUAGAGCCUUCACUUCUAGAGAAAAUGGACGCCUUCGUCGCUGCUUGGCUACCGGGCACUGAGGGAGCUGGUAUCACUGAUGUCGUCUUUGGAGAUUAUGAGUUCCAAGGUAAACUUCCAAUGACUUGGUUUAAAAGUGUAGAUCAAUUGCCUCUGCAUCAAGAACAGAACUCCUAUGAACCUCUGUUUCCUUUCGGCUACGGGUUAACUAGUAAAAACAAGGUGCUCUAGAAGAGAUUAUCUAUGCGUAGGUAAUGCCCGGCCCUUCCCUGGACCCUGCGCAUAGCAGGAGCUUAGUGCACCGGGUUGCCCUUUAUGGAGGGUUCAUGCAUAUGAUGUUACAUUAAGUGCAAUUUAUGAGCUAGUAUUAUUAAGGCAUAUGUUAACAGAAGUUCUUGAAUAUUGUGAGUUGUGCCAUGUAAUGAAGAGAUCAAUGUGUCUACUAACAAAAUAAUUUAAAAGCGAGUACGAAAUAUUGGUAAGAAAAAGAGGUAUAUGUUCUCUUGUA